AUGCACACAGGCGAUCUGGGUUUUCGCGCCUAUCUGCACACCAUAUCGGAUAAGAUCUCAUCCUGGACGAAGGAACAGGAGGCCUUCUACCAAGCCAAAUUACUUAGCAACGAAAUCAAAAUGGCAACGCAGGUUGGUGGUAUGAGAAAAGGGAGGAAAGUGUUGGGGGACGGUUAUAUUAAUUUGCCCUAUGGGACCGCUUGGUCCGCUGUUUAUUUUUAAGGCCUGAAACAUCACAAUUUUUGACUGAUUAGGUUUGAAAAAGGCUUCUAAUUAUGAGGUUUUUUUAAGACUGCACAAUGUUCAUUCACAUAGCAUCGUACCUGGCCGUUUACCACGGCUCCUCAUGAAAUGAGCAACAUAGUCCGCAUCCAUUGCAAAGUUUUAUGGGCUCUCUAUGAUAUCCGUUCAAUUACAGAAAAAUAUGUGAUUUUCUUUACGCGGAACGCAUGCACCUUGUAGACUGAAAUCACUAAGCUCUAAUGCAAUGAAUGAUCAGUCUCCAAAUUAUUAGGCAAUUAGAAAACUCUUUUAAAACCUAAUUAUACUCCUUCCUUGAGUAUAAAAUAUAAAGGAGACGUGAUUCUUUAUUAAUAGACUGAAAGAAAGAAUAUUUUUGCUCAUGGUUUCUAUAAGAUAUAUUUGGAUUUGCAAGACCAUCGAAAGUCAAUGGGAAAAGUGCAUGUUACUUAAGUAGUCAUUUUUUUACCGAGUACAGUUUCUACAGGGGUUUGAAAAGCAGUGUAUAAAAAGUCUGACGUCCUGCGGAGUCCUAAAUGUGUUAUAAGAUUAUGCCACAAGAUAAUCAGUAUUACAACCGCGCUCAAGUAAUCCUUCCUAAUCGAAAACGUAUUUCAGAAUUUCAGCCAACAUUUCAUGAGAUCUGUUAGUCACUGUAUAUCGGCUGCGAUGGUUAACGCACACGUUUUGCCCGAUGUCAUGGUAACAGUUUGCGAUCUGAGGAGGCCGGGGAGAAGGAGUAGCGAUUGAUGCCGAAACUGGUUCAUCCGAAGAUGGUGCAACAUUUGGCUUGGAAACCGGUCAACCUGAUGGAGUGCUGAAAGUGCUCAGCAGGUUAUUGAGGGAAUGUGAUGGUACCGACUCGGGUUCGGUUGCGGCGCCGUGGUGUCCCCGUCGGAUUUGGUUGUGGUGACGAAACAAUAUGCCAUCGGCAACGUGGACUUUGAAUAACCCAUUGCCACAGUCGUACUAAUCUAGUCUGGAAAACCUGCCCGAUAAUCAAAAACUAAGACGUGUUUUCCGACAUGAAGCUUGUCGCGGAAGACAAACGAAGUCGUCUAUGUGGACUGCACACCGGUAGAAGCGGGUGCCCAUAAUGUUGGACGAAGUUUGCGAUUCGUAAACGCUGUGACAGGAAAAACGCUGCCUGAGGACAUCGGAUUCGGAGUAGUCCUGUAAGAAAAUUUCUUCGUCACUCCUCUGACUGACGUAGACCAGCAUAUUUUGUCAGAGUUUAACGGACACCUCAACCGAUGACACGGUCUCAAAUGUGGGGAUGGUUAGCUCUAUUUGCAUGGGAUAAGUGUAACUGUAGAAAUAUCGCAUUUAGCGUCUACAACUUCCAGACAGGUUCCUUGAAGUAGUUCCGGUGACCAUGUCUGCAUUUGACUCUGUGGGUCGCGACCGAUCUCUACUCAUAGAACAUAGGGUCCCUAAUUUACAUGCUAUGUCGGUGGAAGGUGGAGCGCAGGCUGUGACCACUUAACAGACCACUUUAGGGGCCUACCUUAAUGAAAGAAUUGGACCUCCCGACCACGAGUUGGCCUUCGCCUGAUUUUAAAUCAUCCUCUCGGGCAGAAUAUUAUUACCGACAAAGACAGGGAAGACUGGAAUGGCAAUUUCUGGUUUAUUAUCCGUCGUCAGCUAGUUAUACCCAAUCUCGAAGUGUGGAACACUUGGGGCUGGGACUCGCGACCUCCAACGCCUCUAACCACUGGGCCACGGGCCCGUUGUCCUGUCGGUUGCGAUCUGGAAUGUACAAUGGUAGAGGGACGCUCACGAUCGUUCUUACGGAACUCACUCGUUCCGUUGUGCCUUAGGGGCUCUUUAUCGAAUCCAACAAGCAGCCGUACAGCCGCUUCGGGGUUGGGUAGGACUGACUGACGACGGCUAAUAAGCCAGAAAUGGCCAUUCCGGUCUCCCUCGUCUUUGUCAGUAAUGGCAUUCUGCCUAUAUGACGCGCCGCUGUGCGGCUGUUGAUUAGCCUCGAGAGAGAGAAAGCCCGUAAGGCACAACGGAACGAGUGAGUUCCGUAAGAACGAUCGGUGAGCGCCCUUCUACCAUCCUCUCUGGGUCACUGGUUGGGAUGUCAUCCUGCUCCAAAUAUGCCGCGAGGGUGAAUCUAAUCCGAGUCCAUGCCAACUGCGGCAGUGCUUGAAGCAGCGUGCGGACGCAGGUAAAGUUGUGCAGAAUCGGGCGGUUGCCUUUGAGGUUCGCUGCCGUUUACACUUCCACACUCGCACAACGGUGCAUCUAGCAUAAACACUGAGAGCUGGGCGCUAAGGUCGAUCAUCAUUGGAGGUACUUGACACAGCCAGCUAUGACAAUAACGAAAAAACCUGCAAAUCGAGCCUAACAUUUUGGAUAUUAAUGGGUUAUCACUAAACGGAAAAUGGCCUCCAUGUGAACAGACCUGUCUUCACAUGUCGCACAGCUUAAGCCAUGAGCAGAGCCUGGUCACUGCGAUCUUCAGGCUCGGUCCGAAAUAAAAAGAGGUGGAGGUAGACGAUAGUUGAGUGUUUUAUUCUGUAUAGAAGGAGUUGAGAACCACUUGUUGGCAGGAAGAGCGUACACGUCAGGCGCCGAGUAAUAGUGAGACACACGUCAAAGAGCGGAUUGAACAAAGGAACAUUGGUGUCGGCAUUAAAGUUCAUUGGUCUGUUUGGAUAUUCGUGAUGGUUCGAGAACCAGACUGCUAUUUAUUCGGGAACGUAAGUUUACGCGAAAGACGUAGCACUCCAACAGACACCCGGAGUAGGACUAACUCAUGAAAUGUUGACGGAAAUUUCGAAAUGCGUUUUCGCUUUGAAAAGAUUAUUUAAGCAGAGUCGUAAGACUAAUCAUCCUGCGACAUAAUUCUAUAAUAAUUCAGUUACCUCAGGAUGUCGACUUUCGAACGAACUUCUUUUCCACUGCAUGCAAAAACUAUACUUUGCAAAAAAUGACUACUUAUGUAUCAUAAAUUUUUUCAACGAUUUUUGACGCCCUUAAAAAUUCAGUUGUAUUUCAUAAAAAGCAUGCAUAAAAACAUUCAUUAUUUGCUCAUUUGGUGGAAAAUGACGUCUUCCUCCAAUUUUAUUCAUAAAGGAAGGGUAUAAAUCGAUUUUAAGAAGUUUCAAAUUUUGAGAUUUUUUAUGCCGAGAAAUGGUCGUUAAUAAAACGUCAUGUCUCUGUAUUUGUCAAUGUGGCUUGUAAAGUUAACAAUACGGCUCAAAUCCAUUGCGAAAUUUCAUGAACCCCGUAUAAUCGCCUCUUAGUACCGUAGAGAAAUGAACGGUUUUCCGUACACGGGAAAUAUACGACUUUUAGUUCGAGAACCCUAAAUGCAAGUUUAACGGCAGGUCAAAUUCAAAAUUAUUCGGGAAUUGGAGAAUUUUUUGAAGACCGAAUUCUAUCCUUCUUUCGAAUAUAAGAUUGGAAGAUGUAAUUGUCUACCAAUGACAACAAUUCCCACCGUGCAAAUAAUAGUCUCAUUUGGCACAACCUUCAUGAAAAACCAACCCCGGGAGUUUUUGUAUUGCGACUUUAUCCAUGUAACUAUUUGAUUUACUCCGUACUUUUUCCUUUUUACUUUGUGCGUCUUAAUUUGCGAAUUCCCUAGAUGACAGAUGUGGAUGGGGAACUUACAUGCGUGCUGUGACCCGUCUAGGUAGCUAAGACAUUUUCUGAUUCCCUAUAAAAAUGUACUUACGUCGAAACGCACUAUGUAGGAGGAUGAACAGUUGUUCACAUGUCACUAUCUGGGGUUUCAGGUUCAGCGAAGCGACAGAGACUGAAUCCAAUGACUAUUUUAUACAACAACGCUGCAUACUUUCCUCAUUAAUGAUUUGCAACCACUAAGUCUUUUAAUUAGCACUUUUAUCUGGCAAGAUGGAGCAAUCUGCGCGAAAAUUUAGAAAAAUAUAUCUCCAAACAAACUGACAGACGGAAGUGAAAAAAUUAUCCAGUCAGCGCGUUCGGCUUAUCUGUCCUCAUUGCAUUUUAUUCCAAAGAACUCUGCCAAGACAUUUGUCGACUCCGAAAAACGUAGUUAAUUGAGUGAACUCGCAGCCAUUUCGUUAUAUGUGACCUAAGUAGUAUCAGUGCGUCAUUUACCAAUGGCAGUUGGGCAGCUAGAAAAAUGCAUAAUCGGUGACGGCGGUUACGCUGCAGUGCGACAAUCGAAAGGUAAAUGAUUCUUUUGGUUUUUUCUAAAUGGUUCGUUUUGUCAUACAACUUGAAUUAAGCAACUCGGAAGAUUCCAAACGACUUUGUGAACACCCUAUGUAGUUGUCAACAUCCACUAGCCGGCCAGCUAGCCAGAGCAACGAAAAGGCCAAACGCUAGUAUUUAGAGCAGGCUACAACUGACUUAUAGUAAUCAGGCGAGUAAUAUGUGUUUCGGCCGUCAGAAUUGAUUAGGGGACCAAGCGGCCUCAAACGUCCAACAAUUUCGCCCCAUUUCUUCAUUUUUCACUCAAGAUCCCAUAUAUAAUUUGAAUAGUAAGCCUACUCAUGUAUCUACAGUAGAUGUUUAUUUUUCACCUAUUGCGGUCGGACCGUACAAUAUGUUUUUGCCCACAGGAGACUUAUGAAACGCCAAAAUCUGAAACUUCACAAAAAGGACCGAAUGUUCGAAAGAAGACCAAGGCCAAUGUCAAGGGAAAAACUUCGAUUUCAAAGGGUGAUGCUCGUUCGGAAACGGUUGCUGAAAAGAAGAUGUUCGGCGAAAAUGGCGAGUAUAUCGUUGAGGGAUCGCUGAAGGAUGAACUAAGAAAAAAAGUAAUUCUAAUCAGCCGUAGAGCCCUCUAUUGUGUUGCAUCUAAAGCGCAUACGCGUUCCAAAAUUCCAGCGUUAUUAGCUAAAUGACCGGCAAUUAAUUUUAGAGGUGUGACUGGACACAUUUUCAAUUGCCGUGCAGAAAUCACUUGAUAUCGGUGUCAUCUCGUGGUUCUGUGGCUCCGUCGCUGGAAUUCCAAAUGUCCGGUUUUAUCAGUCUACGGCUAACUGGUGACAACAAAUUAUUAUUCUUCUUGUCUGCAAACUCCAAUCCAUCUGAAAAAAAAUUGAAAAUCCUAAAUGCUCCUAUUAAUAAUCAAGUCAUCCAUGGCUGAGAUCUUGACCGCUUAGAACUCAGAGAGUCGAGGAUUGAUUAACUGUUAGAGGGUAGAAUAAAUAUCAAGGAAUUUCCGGACACUGGAACUAGCUGAUCAACUUCUCUAUUCAGAUCUGCCUUUCUUACCACCAAGAUAUCACAAGCAUUAAAUUGCUGGUCUACUCUCUGUUUUUGGUGAACGACAAUGUUCUUAUUUGUGGCUAUUUCAGGCCUUACAACAGCAACAACAGCUCAAAGCCGAGGCUGAACGCGCUCUAACCAUCACGGAUAAGGCUACGAGAACCAAGUCAGGAAAAGGUAAAACCGAGUCGAAACACGUCCGGUCCCCAGCGAUGCCUAAUGACUCUCCCCCGGCGACCAAGGCGGAUGAAGAGAAAGCAGAUGAACCACAGACUGAACAGUUUUGGCCGGUCUGUUAAAAUCUUUGGUCUUUUUGGACUGCUCCUUAUAACCAGAUUCCCCUGAAACGCUCGCCUCUUCUAUAACACAAUGCGCGUACAUAGCUUGACAUAUCCUUGGGAAUUUGAUCUGGUAGAGGGUUCCAACUUCUGUUCAAAUCUUGUAAUCGCAAACAUGCAAGUCGCUAUUCUUACAAAUGAGGAUAGUCGACAUGAACGCGACCUGUUGUCAGGCAAACUGCUGUGAACCACACCUGCCCAAGUAGGAAAGGAAGGUAGAUUUUUUAAAACAUACGCACAGGGGGUUGAAUAUCAUACCCUCAUCAAAUUUACCAGUGACCGUUCAUGCUUCGUCAGUCAAACGCGUCUACUCCGAAUAUGGACGAGCAGCCUUCUAGCUAGCCAAUACUUCCAAUGUCACAUAUUACCACCCCAAAAAGUCCUUUGAAUUAAGAAAGCGCCACAGGCGAGUAUGACUUGGUAAGUUUCAGAUGCUGUUUGCUCAUGGCUCUCAAUUUUUCUUUUGGGGUCGGGUAGAGAGUUCUCCAGCACCAUGUCUUCGUAGAUUUCACACAACCUGCUGGUUGGGGGUUUAUCUGAUGAGCACUCUUCAAUGUAACCUAACUCACUGGCCGCUGCUAUGCACAAUAUGUGUUAAAGCUUAUUAAAAAUGAGGCAGGCUCCCGAAUGAUGAUUCCAAGUCAAACUUUAGGCUUGGCCGUAAUGUCCAGAGGAUGACAAUUAACCCUGCAUUAACUUAUGCAGAGUGAUGGGCUAUUUCCAGCUACCGAGGACAAUAUCACUUGCAUGGGUACGCAUGCUUAUAUAUCCCAUCAUGAGUUACCAAAAACAAGUUAUUGGCAGCGGUAGGUUGAGUAACCCACCUCAACUAAAUUCAGAUGUCUUAUUAUUGUUUAUGAAAGAGACUUUACACAAGUAUCCUUACAGAAAUAAAUAAGUCAGGCGUACGCGUUCGACAACAUAAACCGUUCAGAGAUAUCGAGGAGACAGAACGUUUGCAUUCUAACAGAGGCAAAGUAAGCCAAAACGCAGUCGGUGGUCCUUGCAGCACGCAUAAUAUCGUGAGUAUCGACAGGGUACAAAAUGGUCUAAAUACCCUUUGGGAAGAAAUAAGUAAGUCACGGCGUAUGAAAUCGAUAACGAAAGGAAAUUUUAGUACAUUUCGGUAAAUAGGCAAUCCAAGUAAGACAAAGAGAUUACUUAGAGGGAGAGCGAGAAAAUCAUGCCGAAUAAUUUGUCACUGAAGAAGUCAUAAUGAAAGAACUCGGUGCAUAUGGUUAAAUCAAAGUGUUAGAUAAAACAAAGGGACUUCAUGUAGCUAUGGAUUAGUAAACAGAACAAGGCCUUCUAAAACAAAUAUAGUAGUUACCUUAACAUGCUAGCCCAGUCGGGUUACAGAACCCAUCCUUACCAAAUUAUUUUCUGUGAGAACAACGGAGGGUUUCAGUUACCGUGUUCACUUGCGGAAAAGCAUUUUUGCAACAAAGUGUUGGUCAGACACACGACUAUUGACCUCCAAGUCCCACCGGUGGCCUCGCGCUAAAUUCCGGGGAAGUUCCUAUUCACAUGCCCUAACUUUAACUCGAACCCUUAAACUAACCCAAACCAUAACCACAACCCUAACCGUAGCACUAGCUCUAACUCGAACUUCCUGGAGUUUGGAAGAAGACCACAUCUAAUAUGAGGGGGUUUAUACACUCAUACUAAACAAAAGUGUUUAACAGUAGGAAUCAGUGGGGUAACUGUAGUCUUGUAAUUUCCGCACUUUAAGCACUUUUAACGGAAGUUGACCGCUUUCCAGUGUCUACAAAUAUGUGAUCUUGUCGACGAAAAUGCACACAGUACAUGACCUAUCUCAUGAAACCUGAUGAUAGGAGUUGAUAUGAGAAUUUUCGAACGUCUUAAACGUUGCGCAUUUUGCUCGCUCGUUCAGCCUCUUCAAGGAAAUGUUCCUUUCUUGUGCAGAAAAUAUGUCCGCAUAAUUUUAUCAAGCAAAAUGUUUACAAAUUUGGGCGAAAAUGGUUAUAGACGUUUGCCUCGAAGUAGGCAGGAACUAGUUAUAAAAUCGUUUGCAGAGAAUUGAUGAGCCCAAGUUUAGGAAGCCGCUCACCAAAAUCACAGCCGAUAUUUUAUAAAUUGUGUCAACCACGGAAUAUUUUGCAGGCCAAAAACUGCUUUCCUUUUAAAUGUAUAAUUUUGAAUGGAAAUGCUGCUUUAGAGGGAUUAAAAGACCUUAAUUUAUUUUUCUUUUUUAACGGAACAGAUAAUCAAUGGAAGUUGUUUAUUGUUUGAUCAGAACUGCCGCAUACGGCCAGAAAUUCUCUAUUGACCAGUCUUCCUUCGAUUGGUUGUGUUUUUGUGCGUGACAAUCUCUAACACUUGCCAUUUUUAAAAAUUAUUUUAAAUGAUGCUCUAUGUAAAAGGGCAAGUUAAGUAUUUAAUUCGACGUUUCAUGCUUUUAGGGUGUACUUUUCAGUUUGCGGACAUAUUGCCGUCUAUAAAGCUAUCCUGUAAUGCAGUUUUUUCAAAUAUUCAUCAUAAGUAGACAGUUUACAUCCUCUUCAAUUUAUUUGUCUUCCGCAGUUUACGGGAUAUGAUCUUACCGAAACUGUGGCCCAUUUUGACUUCCAAGAGACAAGCAUGUUUCCCUGUGAUGGUGGCAGCAUUCGAAUUCAGAAAAUACAUCAACCUCACGGUAGGUUGCUGGAUUUUGUAAGAAUGAGCUAAAGACCUUAGAAAUUGAUUUUUUGCGGGUUAUCGCGGGUGUGGUGGAAAUACUAAUGAGAUUCGGAUUCAAUCGAUUUGCGAACGUUACUUAAUCAUAAAACUGUUUGAUAUCAUCACGGAGAUUCAAAUACAUCAUUUAAGACGUGUGACUGCGCGCAUAUAUCAAAUGAUUUUCGAAAGCGAGUUGAGCAGUUUUGGGCAAGUUAAAUUAACACGUUACGAUUAUAGUAAGGAAAAUCUGAGACAAAAGCAGUCUUAAAUAGGCGCCAGAAAUGCUCUUUUGCGCUCGAUUUAAUCUGCUUAAGACCUGGCAAUACAAGAAGUACAUUCAUUACGUCCUUUAAAUAGUAGCACAUAAUGCGAGGCAUUAGAUACAUGAAUAAUAAAUGUGCUAACUCGCACAUUUAACUUAAAUGAUGGAGUGAAACCCAUCAGUUGAAUUUACGCGCAAAAUGACCUUUUAUAUGAUGACGAAAAAGAACACGUGUGCACCUGAACAGCAGUUCUUCUUUGUGACAAGAACUUAGGACUCGCUUACUCGCACAUUUUUUUAAAGUGUCUUUUAGGAAGGAUGGUUCUUCGGAAGUGGUGUACAAACCAAUAAAAUGUUUUACGACAAAAUCACGUUUCAACGACUUCAAAACGAAGUUGCAUGCGUGAUGAUGAGUUACAGAAAACACGUGUUUGCCAAAUUGACUUUUCAAAACCAAAAUUAUUUUAGGCAGUUGCCUAGUCCUUGCGAAUCCUGUUAUUUUAUUCUAAAUUACUGCUUGUUUCGUUGUACGCUCCGAAAGGUCGCAUUCAAAAGUUUAUCGACAAUUCAAGUCAAAUAAUGCUAAAUCACAGUCAACGCCAAGGCCUUAACCAUAAGACUUCACUACGCCUGGGUGUUUAACUUAUCCUUAACUGAUCAUGCGUUGUUCUUGAAAACUGUUCAAUGCUUUCAUAAUGCAUACAUACGUACCUAGGAGGUUUCACCGGGGAUUUCUGACUUAUCUGUCGACGUCAGCCAGUGAUGGCCUAAUCCCCGACUGCAAAGCCGGAAUGAAAUCCCCCCCCCCGAAUAGGUUGAUAAUUGAGCAGUGUUUUUGCUAACUGGCUCGCGUCAUGUACAUUGAGACCGGGAGCAUUUAGUCACAAGGAAGUGAGGUAUACACAGCUAUCCUAAUUGCAUGACGAACUAUGCACUUUCACUCUACAAUGGAGUUGAGACUCGACGGCCAAUUCAGGGGUCUGCGUUGCGACUGACAACCAAUGGUUGAAAAGUGUUUACCGAAAAAAGACAGUGAUAGUACAACAGAUCAGCUAACGUGCCAGUCUCCGGUACUCCUAGUUUCUGUAGGCUUCAAGACCAGAUCGCAUUUGUGCACCGCUAAUGGGUUCCUUUGAUUGGCUAGUUUAUUAACGACAUCAAGUAUAUAGCCAAAGGCAUUGGUUAGAUAUUCGAGGCUAACAAAUCCCAGUCACUGGUGACCAAUCACACUGAAGAACAAAGUAUGAAGUAUAUAUCGUUAAAUUUGACUCUGAUUGCAGUCGUGAUUGAAUAUGUGAUUGAAUUUGAAAGCGUUGAUAGCCAAAAGACAAACAUAUGUUUAAACCCUAACCUCUAACCCCUACCCAUAACCCCUAAGCCCAAGCUUAGGCCGAGCGCUAACCUUAAUGGUAGCCCGAGGACUGCGUUACGGGAAGUGAGCGAAAACGGGACGGGGUAAAUUAAGCCUACCCAAAUAACAAAAGGAGGUAUUUCGUAAAAGACAAGACUAGAUGGGGCUACAUACUCGAUCUUCACCGCGCACCUUUUUUAGUAUCCCUUAUAAGUUUAUUGGUUUGCCUGUUAGACACAGGUGCUUGUAGUGAUCAAGCCGUUCGGCGCAGCGGGCUUUACAAGUCUAUCGUCAGUAAUUACACGACGUCUCACUACUGUAUAAAUGGCUGGACGAUGCAUUUGUGACGCUAGUGUCAGUGUCUGUCUCAUGGACCAUAUGAGAUCCUUUAAAAUACUGAGGUCGUCGCGACCUCAGCCUUAUGUCGUAACGUCUUGCAAACUUGAUGAAACACAUGCCACUCAAAGUAUCCUCGGGAAGCAACCUCCCGCGGCUCAUGCUGUGCUCUUGUCUAUCCAUCCUACUCCGUGGGAUGCCAGAAAGCGUCCCCAACCUUAACACUAACCUUCAUAACAAUAACCCUUAGCUUACUCAUAACUAUUAUAACCCCCCCCCCCUGAAAUUUAACGCACGGUCACCUGUAAUGCCAGGGGUGGUCUAUAUUCCCGUGCUCUAUUUGCCAGAAAAAUUUCAUUUGGAAUUCCAUUGAAUAUUUGCAAUAAUUCACCAGAAGAACAAACCUGUACUAUGGCAGGUAUCUAGGUAUAUGGUCAUAGUGCGCCAAACGCCGUGGCAUGGAAGGCUUCCGACUGACGUCUCAACGCAGUCCAUGCAGUCUGCCCAGAUGUGUGUGCUUGUGUGAAGUGGCGAACUGAUUGACUUGGAGUCAGGCUGUCACGGCUCCUUCUUAAAAUGACUUCUGACACUCUCACGCAUGUAAGGAGUGUUUAUGUGUGCAUGGUUAGUGCCUCUCAGUCGACUGACUGAUUGACUGGUUAGUCGGUACUUGAAGGGUUAUGGCCCAGGCAGGGCUGUGUCUCAACCUUCUUGGGCUUUAAGGAUAGUAAGCGUCUGUUAGGCCAUAAUUCAGUAAACAAUGUCUCUCGCAGUCUGGCGUGCGCUUGCAGUACUCUGGUAUCUGAUUCCCUACCGGUAGAUGCGGUUGCGCUCCCACUGGGUACACAGGUCCUGAGCGUGGCCGCCCAGUGACUUGUGUCAUCCUCUUCUCUUUCUGACCCUUUUUUAAGCCAAUAUGCUGCUCUAGUGUUUGUUGUGGACCGAGGUGUAUGGUGAUACGCCUAGGUGCAGGUCCGAACGUUCCAGCCGCCUGCACCCUCUCUCGCACCGGGUCUGCUUAACUCUGUCUUGACACCGGGCCCAGGCGAGGGGGGGGAGGAGAGAGUGCGGUAGAUGCUAAGCAAGUCUGCUCCUACCAUAAACCAAUUCAGGCGCAAGUCACAGUGCCUGUUGUCCCCUUGCUGUGAAGCACAAGGUGGGCAGCGUCGGCAAUGACGUUCAAACUGCCAUGUCAAAAGGUGCGGAGCAGUCCAAAAAGAUCAAUCGACCGCUCCCCAAAGGAAACGCUAUUUCCAACAGUGCUGUUCACUAAAUACAAUGGCUUCUUCCAGACUGAGCUGAUUUAGACGUUGUCUCCCGAUUAUAAGGAGGAAUCAUGGAUCGUCUCAAAUAAAGAAAUUCCUUUUGACUAGGAUGCGCUAAAGCAUUUUGGCAAUCGACAAAUAAUGCAAUGUAUUCGACGUACAUUCCACGUGGGCAUGAGGUACAGGUGAGAUGCCAUCUCAUGAAAUGUUAAAGAGUGGUGGGCCAACUCCGAUGCAAGAUGCGAAAGCCCCGGUAACUGGCUGAAAAUGUAAUUUUUACGCCCGCUAGUUCGUUCUCCUCAUGGUUUCGAGACUGUCCUCUCGUUUAAGCUAUGAAUCCUGAGAUUUAACCAGAAACAAGCCCGUACUUGCUGGAAAACUUAUAUACCGAUAGGAUCGUAAAAAUUAAAGACCGAUUAAAGCCUGAGGAGCAGUCUGGAGUAAUCUAUCGCGUCCCGUACCAAAACUGUCCUUGUACCUACAUAGGUCAGACUGGACGCCUGUUCGGAUGCGCAUACACAAACAUAAGCUGGCUGUGCGACGAGGCGACGCAUUAUAACAAGUGGCGGCUCACACCUACGAAAUAAGUCAUGAAUUUAACUUAACAAACAUGAAAAUAUUCGCCCACGCCGGAAACAAAAUCGGCCGAGAAUCGAUUGAAGCCUGAGCCUCGGAUGAGAACUCAGCCAAUCAGUUUAUCGAUCUGGCGUCGGCGUACAGAGCCCUGCGCAGUCACCUCCAGUCUCGUGCCAUCGGGUGAUGAUUGGCUAACAGGCGCUAUAACCGUCGCUUGUUCUGCUGCUGUUAUUAACUCUGACGAGUUCUAAAGCUCAGAGCAACAAACAAAAUAUUCCUGUGCUCGAGCACCCUCCUUCUUCAUUUAUAUACCGAUAUCUACUACAACGAAGUGUUUCAAGGUAUCAAACAGUAAUGCACGUGAAAUAUUCUAUUUAUUUUUGUCGGUUGUGAUUCUGAGUUUUGGCAGACAGUAGCAGUGGUUACGGGUCAUGAUGAAAGCCCGUAAUCUAUAUUUUUAAUUAGAACUCAGGGGUAAGAAGUUUUAGGCAUCCACGAAGAAAUACUCACCAGCUGGCUUUGAGCGCCCCAGGGCCACGUGCCCCUUAACAUUAAUUGGAAAUCGAAGUAGGUUGAUUCAGACGAUGUUUUUAUUUGACCAACUGCAUAUUUGUUACUUUAAAGUCAUCAGUUGUGGACAAAAAGAGAGGUCUUGGCUAAAGAGCGUUGAGAAAAAACAGAUACUUUUUCAACGUAAACAGUCAUAGUCGUUCCCUUCCAAUUAUUAUAAAAAAUUUGCCUAAUAGUAACUUGCUAAACAAAGUAGAGCGGCUGGCUAAUAAAUGUAAACUAAGCGAUUGGGUAGCGGGCUAGUGCAAAUUUUUUGGAAAUUCAGUAAUAUGAUAAUUUUUCUUCUCCUAAAUGAUGUUUCAGCACAUGCUGAUGUCCUCUACCAGGUUAUUUAUAUAGGGCACUAUUGUAAAUGACCUUAUAGGACUCCCCGGUACAUAAAUCAAACACUGGCCAAUAGGUUUUUGGUAGGAAACGGGGAUUGGUACUCCCUAGCGCUAACCUUAACCAUGACCACUCUGGAAUUUGGCACAAGGCCAUCUUAAUGAGAGGAGGAGCAAGUAUUUCUAUGCUCUACCGAGGCAUUUAUAGACGCAUUUUUACCGAGGGACUUGCCUUUCCACAUAAAGGUGGGGAGCUAAUGUCUUUCUAAAUUCCAGCAUUCCCCUUAUCUUUUUUCAUGGAGGAUAUUGCUUUCUCAAAAUCCAGGGGAUACCAGCGUGAAGGUCACCGCAAUAACCGAGGGACACACCUUUGCCUGUCAUCGUCUGCUCCCCAACCCGGCCAGGGUGACCAAACGGUCGCCGGAUGGAGCAGUGGGGACUACCGAAGGCGAAGGCGUCAAGAACGGAGUAGGUUUCUAAUUUAAUGAAUGAGCGAUAAUCGACUUUUUGCUCUAAUGACCCAGCAACUAAUGAUAUUGCCUGGUCUACUGCUGAAGUAAUUUUUUGCGCCCAAAAGGUCAUACAUAGCAAACUAUUUAGCCGGCGUGAAGAGUGAAACCCUUUGAAAGAGUCGAAUUUGCAAAGCAUUUUUCUUAAAACCGGACCAUUUUAACUUAUCUAAAACCUUGUGAAAAAUGAGAACGGAAUGUUUCGGUAGAUGUCAUCAGACAACAUAUCAACCCUCUCAAAAAUAUGAAGUAGUUAUGGAGUUUCACAAACCGCAGGUCGUAUGCUUGAGGAUUUCAAUCGAAAUUCUCCGUGCAGAAUAUUCCGCAAGUUGGGCGAUGAGAGCUCCUAGCGGAACAACUCAGUAGCUACACAGAUCCAUUCUUUCGAUUGCAUAGUCAUGAUUAAGUCAUCGUGAGCCUCUGGUGAAGUUUGCAGAGGGAGAUUCAAAGUCCUGUAUGCAAAUUUCAGUUGUUAGAAUUGAAACAUCGCACUAUCGAUAUAACAAUUCACACGUUCCUCCUGCCUCCUUACGGUGCUUAGUUAGUUCCGCAUUAAAAAUGUUUGUUAUUAUAAACUUAAUAUGUUGCAUCUUUGUAGAACAAAGUGACCGAAUCAGGCGAGAACAGUCACUGCUUUGAGGAGGAAGUAACAUACUUCACAACUUACUUUUCUGCUAAUCUGAGCAAUGGCAUCUGUCUGGCACGGGCUUUUGAGGCUGGCAACACAUCACCGGAAGAGGUCAGAGUAAGUCGUCUCCCCUGAGUCAUUCUUUAACAUAACGGCGGACUUCUGAACAAACCAAUGAGAACUCGAAAGGCAUAGAGUAGAAACGAUCUCACUUGGGUCACCCGCGUAUUGUACGCACCUGAGUGUUUGUGCCCCUAAAAGAAGCCAUGCGGUAGAUGUACUGAACCGACAUAGCGGUUAGAUCGGGAUCAGACAGGCGUUAUCGGGAAUGCGCACACAUAGCAAAUGUCAACAUUGGAUGUAUGGUCACACGUCCAUAUGCAGGCCCACACGGAUCCGAACCGCCCCCAUUUAUUUCUUGCCUUGUAAAACCCAGAUCAGUGUAUUUUGGGUGGAGUUUGGUUCUGGAGCCCUACUCGAAGCAUGCGCAGGGAUGAGAGUGAAGUUGGCGUGUAAACACACCCCCGACACAGUUAUUCGAUGGAUUAAGCUGAUAUGGGGGUUGCAAUAACAACUGGAAGGCCACUGAGGGUACCGCGUGGUUAUUCGCAGUGCAUGGCCACUGUAGUGGAACCGACGGAGUUCCGCACCGUCGGAAGAAUUCCAUUAGUAAGUCUACUUGGCCACCCGCUGGAUUAGAGUAAUGAAGAGGGCGCAAGCAGGGCUCGAACCACACGGAGGGGAGCGUGUGUGAACUGAUAACUGAACUAGCCGAGGUUGACGUAUAAGCACUCUUCCCCCCCGUGGCACAGUUACUCGCUGGAUUAAAAUGGAAAGGAAGAUGCAGAGUUCCGGCGAGCGAGUUGCGGGUGCACGCACAGGCGUCGUACCAGACAUUACACGCAAUCCGGACACCAGAUGACUUAUAGACUCGGACGGCCAAUUGGUGCACGGGAGUCGUUAGAGUCAGGCCGACACUGGAGCAUCCAUCCUUACGGCAUAUCGACAAUUCGACCGUCGUUACCGACGAUGUCCAUCGUGUGCUCCACAGCGAGGUGAGAGCAGGCACGGUACUAUCUGAGAGCCAAAAUAAGUGUCUCCGAUCAUCUACUGUUAAGUAGCACGGCUUCUAGGGCCAAUCAUUUCGUCCCUCAGCAAUCCCCAUGCAAUUUUUAAAGUCAAGGAUUUAAUUCUUCUGAAAACAUUCAACGAAUAUUUAAUAAGGUCUCGUUAAAAACGCAUUUUUUUUCGGUUUGGCCGCGAUAUUUAUGCAGACCCUGUAAUUAGAACCAGUCGACUCUCAUGGAAUAGCGGAGAUAAAUAAAAAUAGUUUUAAAACGCAGUUGUUUUAAUCAACCAACCAUACAUCAGCCUGACACCGACAGGAUAGCUAACUCAGGUGGGUUAUCGAGCUUAACAGUCUACUCGUUGAGCCAUGUCGCUAAAGCGGGCCACGCGAUUAAUGCUCUGGACCAACACGGGGUCUAGAUCGGAAUCCGGCAGGUGUUAUUAGGAGAGCGUACCCAUAACAAAUACCAACACUGGGGUGCGUUGGCAGGCCCAGCUGUCGGUUCACUCCACCUUAGUUGGGAUAUGUGCCUCCCCCCUUCUUAUUCUUGUGGUAUGUAAUACUGGUCAGCGUACGUUGUGAACCAGGGGUGUGGUGGUUUACGCCGUGUCAGUCACCUGCAUCCUCUCCCGUCCCCCAACCUCCUUCACUCUGUCUUGAUAUCGAGCCCAGGUGGGGAGGAGGAUCGAGUGCGGUAGAUGCGGCGCAAGUCUGGUUUUCUUUUAAACUAACUCACGUGCAAGUCGACGACCCUGCUCGCACCCUCCGGAAACGAUGGUCUAACCGUCUACUUGUUAAGUCGCUGGCUUAUGGUCUGUCCGCUACGGCAGAGAGCGGACAAAGUCGGGCGAGGUUGGCGUACUGAACCGAUUUGAGGGGGCAGAAUAAGUAUUUUAAUAUGAUUUAGAGGUGCUCCCUAGAACCCAUGAGGAUUAACUUUGCACGCAUUAUAGUUAUUUAUCAGAAACUAGCUGGACCCCGCCACGCGUUGCUGUGGCUCAGAUGAAUUCAAAAGCUCUGUUCGAUAAUUAACCUGCCUCGCCUGCUUCCGCAACAGUGUCGACGGACGAGUAUGUGACUGCCCCCCUUUGAAUCUUGGACUGAAUAAUGUGGCUAAGAUGGUACACGUGUUUGUUUUUGGCCGCAAAAAGCGCUCGUUCGCUCAAUCAGCCGGGAUUGUUGAAAGCGGUCUGAAUAGUGGUAGACACCGUCUCAACCAAUUCCGCUUUUGAGGACACUAAAUUUCCGAGGCUAAGACGUAGGGAAAUCAUUCUUGUAGUCGGAUCGGCGUGCACAGUUGCAUAUCCAAUUUCCAGCAAUUACUGUGAGAAUACCUCAGUCGGAUCAGCGUGAACCGUUGCAUUCCCGAUUGCCAGCAAUUACUAUGAGAAUACCUCGGUGGCUUUGAAGUCACCGAUUCGCAUUCGUACGGUGCCAAGUUGCCGAAGUCUUCCGCUGAUCGUUUUCGGUAUAAGGAACUUCUGUCGUUACCGGUAACUGUGGUGCAUACGAAUGCCCGAGGAUAUUUCUUAGAGCAUUUUCCGUCUAUCAUACUGGGGGGGAGGGUGGGGGAGGGAGAAUUGGGACUCAGGGCACCGUAAAGUCCAUUUAUCAUAUUCUUCGCCGCGACUUCGGGCAAAUGAGUGUCGACGUCGGCGUCAGGUAAUUCAGCGCAUAUUGCAUCGGCGAUUUCGUUGGAGGUGAUCUUGUUAUACAGUCAGAUCCAGACGUGUUCGUGGGGCAGUCCACUCUUUGGCCAUUCCCCCUAAUACAUCCGGCAGCGCACAGACCCAAACACCUCGUGUUUCACCAUGAAGUUAAUCAGCGAUUUCAGUGUCUUCCUAAGAACACGUGCUGUGGUGUCAUACCCAUUCACCGACGAUAGCCCAGAAAGUAAGAGCUGAUAAAUACCCCCGCCCUAAGCUGGAUUGCAGGUGAAUGUAAUGAGUAGGUCUGGACGCCCCGUACAGACAAACAUAAGCAAUUGCACCUCCAGCGUACCCGAGCACAUGACGUGGACUGUCUGUGUAUGUGGACGACAAAAUCGUUACUCGUAUUACCGUCGUUUACAACUGUAUCAUGCAGAUGAAUACAUUUUUCAGAGCGCAGCUUGGUCUGCAUCAAGCGAAUGAAAAGCAGGCGUUCAGUUUCGACUUUUGCAUACAUAUCAACAAUGUAGUGAUGAAGCAAUUGACGGCAUUUCAAAAGGGGAUUACUUACAUUCUGUCGAAUCAUAAGUCGGUAGGAGUAGUGGUUCAUUGCGCUGCAUUUCGUGUGCGUUACCUCGUCACGUUGAAGUAAUACCCAUCGGCACCAUCCCGUAAAGAAAAUAGAUACUGCGUUGAAAUCGGUCUUGGAUUGCCGAUAUAUAUGCUAUCACCUUACCCUAAGAUCAUUAGUCUUCCAACGGUGGUUUUCGUACCGUCGUUCACAACAACAUCACGCAGCGUGAACGCUGAUCACCGAGUCGUGUUUGACGCUGGUCUGCUGUUCCUUGCUGGCGCCAUUCAGCCACUCUCAGUUUGUUGUAUUCAUCCUGUUAUGAACGGAGCAGACCUGGAGCUGCCGAACGCGGUGACCGUGACCGCAAGCGGGCUUCCGCAAGCCAGGCUGCACGACACUGGGCUGACACUGGGCGACAGCCCCAUUAUGUGAGUUGUGCGUGGGGAGGGGGGGAAGGGGGCUUUGUUAACCGCAUCCAGUCGUCGCGCCCGAGAAUCCCAGCGGAAGCGGCGGCAGCCCAAUUACGUGGGUAGUGUGGGGCAAGUUCAAGUGGAGCCCAAGAGUUGCGUUUUUUUGCUGCAGGGUGGGUGGUUUGCCUACCGGCCCAGAUUGCAUCGGCCCAGAGUGGGUGGAGGGCCUGCUCAAGUGUCUGCAGGGGGUGGGUGGUGGGGUGAGCGCGGCUGUCGGGCGGAGAACGUGUCGGUCAAGUGGCCACAGUCUGGGCACACAUGUGUCCGCGCGGAUGUAGGUCAAGUGGCCGCAGCAGGUGGCGUUGUUAGGCCGGAAAAAGUCCAGUUUUUUGCCCAUCGCAGGCAUACCAUCGGCAUAAUUUCAAAAUUGAACAGACAAAAACCCGGCCCUAUGCGCAGGUCGGGUUGUGUCCAAAUUUCAGCGCAAUCAGUGCAGUACUUUCGGAGAUUAGAUAUAACACAGGAAAAAAACCCUUCCAUUUUUAUAUAUAUAUAUAGAUAUAUAGAUUAUUGCCGACAAGGACAGAGAAGUCCGGUCUAAACAGUCCUGAUUUCUUGCCGUCGUCAGUCAGUCUCCCAUUUGGCCAUGCUUCGUUACUUUUUCGAAUACAACGAAAAGAGCUCCGGCUUUUGUGGCACUCCCACUAAGUUAGGAUCUGAACCGCUCCUCUGUCGGGUUGCUGAAAGCCUGAUUCGUCACCUGCAGACUAGGUGCUUGUGACAUCCAUGAAUAGGCCAUUAAGCUUUGUCAGACAGUGCGCCCUCUCAUGCUCUCGGUCUCCUUGACUCUGUCUUGACGUUAGACCCACGUGGGUGGGGGAGAAGAGUAUGCGGAAGAUGCAGCGUACGUCGCCGUCUGUACUUACAACAUGCUCUGGGGCAUGCGGUGGACAUCGUCGGUAACGACGAUCGAACUGUCAUGACAAGGGCUUCUAGCUCUUGUGGACAUCUGAAUGCACGAUGCCCCUAAUAGUUGAAAUGAUUUCAUCUGCCUCUAAGUCGGAACACCAGACGGCGUUUGGUUUCUCAUUACGAGACAGUUGUGUGGAACCUGAUAAAAGGCGGAAAUAAGGUUUAUUUAUGGUUGGGCUGCACAGCCUGUUAUUCACACAAUGCACAUCUGGCGUUUACUCCUUCAACUAAGCAUACGGAUGUUUCAUACCGAUCAAGAUCAAAAUGACGGUUAGCUGCCCUGAUAAAGAUGUGAUUAAUGUAUCUGUAUACACAUUUAUAAGUUUCACAUCGACCACCUCCAAAGACCACAUGUGGCCGUGAUAAACCUCGACCCUAACGUGUUUUUGCAACGUUGUCAUUACAUGAAGGUACGUUCACCUAUGAAGUCACUAAAGUUGGGCUACUUAGCGUUCGAUAACCAAAGAAUUUGGAGUUAGGUAUGACUGUCUAGUGGCGGUUAAUAAAUCGGAAAUGACCAAUUAAGUCUCCCUGGUUUUUGUCGGCACCUAGUAUAUAUGCGUGUGUGUGUUAAAGGAGGUUGGAGCUCAAAGGUCGGUAUUCCUACCUCUUCAGGAUUCCUCAACAACUGACCUUCAAAAAAAGCUGGAAUCUUCGGGACCCAUAUGCACCCAACAUUUCAAGCUGAACCUCAGCACUCCCGAGGGCUGUCAAAUGCAGUACUUGGCUCUCCGUGAGUAG